GCUUUUUUCCGUCCGGACCUAGGCGCCGCGGGUUCUACUGACCCCGCCAGCCAGGGGAAGCCGUGACGGACCCCGAGGCUCGGGGGUGGGGGCGGCGGGAGACAGAGCCCAGGGAGAACCGCCGGGGCGACGCGGCAGUUACCCUACUGGGUCCUCCCGGGGACGGCGACCAGAGAGCGAGCCCGGGGUCUGGAUCCGAGGCAGGCGUUGCGCAGGGAGCCCUGAGACCCGCUGAGUCCGAGGCUGGUGCCCGCCCGGCCCAGCGCGGACUUCCGAGGGUCCCGCGCGCUGGGACACGCCCUCAUCCUGGGGGACGACCCCGUGGCCCCAGGCACCGCCUCCCGUUCCCGCCCCGCGCCCCGCAGCGCUUAGGCUUCGGCACACUGAGGACCGAGUCCCAGUGCAGCUCCAGCCGACCCCCGGGACGUAGACAAGAGCAGGCGCGCGGUGAAGACUGCGGCCGGCCGCGUAGCCGCGCUGUGGUCCCGCUGGCCUUCUCUUGGGCCGCGCACCCUCCGGACCUGCGUCGGGAUCCUCCCCGAGUCUUCCGCUCUCUCCUCCCGGCUUGCGAACAUGCGGCCCCUUAAGCCCGGCGCCCCUUUGCCCGCACUCUUCCUGCUGGCGCUGGCUUUGUCCCCGCACGGAGCCCACGGGAGGCCCCGGGGGCGCAGGGGAGCGCGCGUCACGGAUAAGGAGCCCAAGCCGUUGCUUUUCCUCCCCGCGGCCGGGGCCGGCCGGACUCCCAGCGGCUCCCAGAGCGCAGAAAUAUUCCCAAGAGACUCUAACUUAAAAGACAAAUUCAUAAAGCAUUUCACAGGGCCGGUCACAUUUUCACCAGAAUGCAGCAAACAUUUCCACCGACUCUAUUACAAUACCAGGGAGUGCUCAACGCCAGCUUAUUACAAAAGAUGUGCUAGAUUGUUAACAAGAUUAGCAGUGAGUCCACUGUGCUCCCAGACCUAGCAAAACUACCCUACAUUUCCUAAGAAUGUACAUCUAAUUUGAAGAAAAAGUGCCUCAAAUCAUGCAAAAUGUAAAAAAAGAUGAAAUUUAUAUUUUUAUGGAUAUUAAGAUGAGUAAAAUAAGAGACUUCCCAGAAAUAACUGGUUAGCUGUUUCCUGUCAUAGAAUGGAGUCUUUCUUGCUUUAUCUUUUUGUGUAUACAGUAAUUUAUAAUUUUGUAAAAUAGAGUUUGAAUCGCAUAUUGAAAAUUAGAUAUUAAAAAUUGUGUGAUUGUAUUUUAUUUUUACUAGAUAUAUUAUUUUCUUUAUAUGGUUAACAUUCUAAUUAAACAUUUAAUUGUGUAAAUUAUAUCUGUGAGUGCCAGUGAGAAAUAAUGAUUUUUUUGUAUAUGACUGUUAGUAUAUAUUUGUCAAAUCAUCGUGUACCAAGUUAAAUUUUAUAAUUCUUAUUUAAUAUUUAAAUACAUUUCUUUAGAACUUGUUGUCUUCACUUGCAUUAAUUUGAACUGUGAAUUUUAUUAAAGUUGAAAUAUGAAAAAGUGUGUUGUUUCCUUUGAAUUAAGGAUGUUUGUAAUAGAGGUUAUGCUUUUGAAGUGUGAUUACUAUAUAGGUAUAGGUAUAUGUGUAUAAAUAUGUGUUGUUUGAAUUGAUAAUUAGAAUCCUGAGACAAUUUCUGCCUUUUAAAGUUAGAACAUCUGGUAUUGCUCUCUUAAAUACAAAGAAGUCCAGUUGUUCUUGGACUGGCGAGCUGUACAUCAAGGAGUGAGAAGAAUGUAUGGGUGGCCUGAAUGCUCUGUUUAGAAUGUAGCAGAAUACUCUGAUGCAUCCAGGAAGUUUCAUUUAAAAACAACAGUGAAAAAAAAUCGUGACCCUACAACAAAACAAUGGAGAACCUCCAUCCCUUUAAUUAGUAGACAAAUCAUGAGUUGCUUAACAAUACCUAAACAGUGCAGUCAUUGACUUUGUAUCACUUGCCAACUGCU